AUGGGUUUCUUCAGCAACAGAUACAUGUUCGCAGUGCACGUGCUCCAGAUCAUUCUGGUCCUGCUCGCCAUCGGUGGUUCAGUUGUCCGUCUCCUUAUCGUGAAAGUACCUGCAGGUGCUCCACGAAGCAGGGCAAACACCAUGGCACUAGGCAUGGGUGCCAAAUCGCUCAUAGUCAUCUUGUACCAAGUCUUGUCCGAACACACCGCGAUGUUCCGAAAAUGGGCUAGCCUGAAAGCGAACAUGAUCUUGAAUUGCAUGGAGAUCGUAUUCUGGGCUGCGGUAGUUUUUCUGAUGAUCCAAGCGAACCUGAAGUUCUGCGUCGGCACCAAUUGUAUACUGAGUUGGGUUGUGACUGGAGUUGCUGGUACACUGAGUACUGUUGCUGCAUACACAGCUAUUGUUUCCAUUAUGGAUUUCCGUUGUUUCAAGUCAACAGGCAUGCACCGUGGUAGCGAAGUCGAACUCAAAAACGAGCAAGUUGAAGAUGGACGAUCGAUGGACGAAGUGCGCCGGAAUUACUAA